UGAAGCUGCUACAUGGGUUGGUGGUCCUGAAGAUACCUUCUUUAUUUUGAUUGCAAAGCGAAAUGUACUAUCAUGUGUAAUUUUAAAUUGCUUACAAGGAUAGAUGUUUCUAUUUCCGCAAGACGAAAGGGGAAAGUCAGACUACCCUAUCAGCACUGUUCCUAGACGGUUUCAAAAUAACUGAUUAUGGUAGCAAGCUAGCACACAGCAGACUAUCUAACAAAUCCCAUCAAGACGUAUAAGCUAGUGAUAGUUUACUGAAAACAGGGCGGGCUUGAUUCACGAAAACCUCGAACGACACUGCACAGGCAACUAUGAUGGGACUGUUGUCCUCGAUGAAGGGGUGCAUGGGGCCCAACGUGUACUCAGAAGUGCCCGACGGAGGCUGGGGCUGGGUGGUGGCCGUGGCGUUCUUCUUCGUGGAGGUUUUCACCUACGGCGUCAUCAAGAGCUUCGGCAUCUUCCUGCAGGACCUCAUGGCCGAGUUCGAAGAGACCAACAGCCGGGUCUCGUGGGUGCUCUCCAUCUGUGUCUUCAUCAUGGCCUUCACAGCUCCCCUCUCCACCGUGAUGAGUAACCGCUUUGGGUAUCGGCCCGUUGUCAUGGUCGGCGGAUUCCUCAUCAGCUUGGGCACCAUCAGCAGCGGUUUCGCCACCUCCAUCAACGAGAUGUACAUCACUGUGGGCGUUGUCUCAGGCCUGGGCUACUGCCUGACCUUCCUGCCCACCAUCACCAUCCUCUCGCAGUACUUCGACCGCCGCCGCUCCAUCGUCACCUCCAUCGCCUCCUCUGGGGAGUGUGUCGCCAUCUUCGCCCUGGCUCCAGCCUUCACUGCCAUUAAGGAUGUGAUUGGUUGGCGCUACUGCAUGGUAGUCAUUGGAGUCCUUCAGAUGAGUGUGAUUGGCUGUGGAGCUGUGCUUCGACCAAUCAUCAUCAAGCCAAAACAAACUGACGGCGACUCGUCCAGCUCCCCUCUAAAGGAACCGCAGGGAAAGUACGAGCUGGAGAACGAGCUCACCAUCAACUCUGUGGACUCGGGGGUGCAGUCGCUAUCUGGCUCACGCGCCAACCUGAACAACGGCAGCCAAGAGGGGGCCUCCCCUGACAAGAAGAGCCUCGCCAAGGCGGAGGAAGAAGAGCAGCGGGCCUGUCUGAAGAAGGCAGAGCAGGGCGAAGGACACGGAAAGGCCGCGGCAGAACCGUCGGAGCCGAAAGGCGGCGGCGCCCCCAAGCUGCUGGACUUCUCGGUGCUGCGCGACGGCGGCUUCGUGUGCUACUCGCUGUUCGGCCUGUUCGCCACGCUGGGCUUCUUCGCGCCGCAGCUCUACGUGAUGGAGCUGGGCGUGUCGCGCGGCAUGUCCCGCGACGCCGCGCCCGCCCUGCUCUCCACCAUGGCGGCGGCCGAGAUCGCGGGGCGCCUCUCCGUGGGCUGGCUGCUCACGCGGCUGCCCCUGCGCAAGCUCAACGUGCUGCUGCUGUGCACCGCGCUGCUGGCCGGCGUCCUGGUGGCCUUCACGCUGGUGCCGGACUUCUGGGGCCUGGCGGCGUGCUGCGCGCUCUACGGCUACCUGCUGGGCACCGUCUGCUCCACGCACAUCCCCAUGCUGGCCGAGGACGACGUGCUGGGCAUCCAGCGCAUGCCCUCCGCCGUCGGCGUCUACGUCUGCAUCCAGAGCUUCUCUGGGCUGGCUGGACCACCCCUUGGAGGUGUCCUGGUGGAUAAGACGGGGAACUACGGCUCAGCCUUCUACUCGUGUGCAGUGGGCAUGGGCCUGGGGGCACUGUUCCUGGGCCUGGUGCGCCCGCUCAAGCUGGGCUUGUGCCGAGGCCGGCGGAAGGGCCAGAGCGCGGAGAGCAGCCCCUCACGGAGCUCGACGGACAACCCCGUCGACUUCCUGGACGUGGAUCUGGCGGUUGAGGGCAGCCCCGCCAAAAGCAAUGACCAAAGUGUGGCGUGAGUUCAACCUCACAAGACUGUCAACUGCCAUUGGGAACAAGUCCAACAAAGACAAGGACGGAACAGAUAUCAAGAUGAGGCAGGAGGAUGAUGAGGUGGAGAUGGUUUGUGUUUGUAAUGCAGACCAUCUGUAUGAAAAUAGACAUGUCUAAGAGACCACAGUGUCUCAAUUUUUUCUAUUUUAGACAUCCUGUCGCUGCUUUUAAUGUGCAUGAGUCAUAAGGCACAGGCACACUACUCAGUGAAGACCGCAUGGUCCAACUGAUCACUCCAAAUGCUCGUUUUAACGACACCUUUCACAUUUCUUAUCCAAACAACGUCAGAGAAACACACAUACACAAGUAUGAAAUCGGUCAGACAAAUGGUUCGAGAGAUGUGAGAAGACCAGACAGAUAGACAAGACGUUCCUGAAAUGAAUAGAGUAUUUAUCAAUCUAUGGUUUAGAAACAAUGAGUGAGAGUACUGUAUUCUACUUCUCAGGAAUUGCCACGGUCAGGGCGAGAUUGGAUCAGGGAUCCUACUGUAGUUAUUUUCUUAGAUCUCUCAAGAUGUCUGAAGCUGACUACUCAAGAGGUAAAACAGAUAUUUUUCACGGGCAGAAUAAGAUGGAGCGAUUCGCGGAUGUGUAGAUAAGCAGCUUUCUGUUCUUACUCGGCUUUAUGCAACAUUAUUUCAUACCCAUUUCAUAUAGUUUUGCAGAUUCAAGCCAGGAAAACACCUGGCUUGAAUCAGGUCUAUCACUCCAUUUGUGAAGUUAAACGAGAACAGGGAAGGAUACCGUCAUUUGGUCCCUUCUUACUGGCUUUAUCAUUAAUUGAAUGUGGUUGGACACUGGCUUUUGAUGUCACACUGCUGUGAAGCUCUGUAAAUGGUUCUAGUGACCCCCCCCCCCCCCCCCCCCCCCGCUCGUUUCUAUGACAACGACCCACAAUGCACCUGAUUUUAUGUCAGUAGCCGGGGCGACGGAGUCCCACAGAGCACCCGCAGGUCUUCCGUGACCCAGAUGGCGGCACUGACCUGGAUGGUGAUGCUGGCCCUGAUGUGGCGCCAUGAUGCAGGUCAAGAGGGUCAGAAUUCCAGAAUCACCAUCUAUGUUUUCACUAUUCUGUGUGACUUCUGGUGCUUUGGUGUUUACCAGAGAAGAUUUCCAUCCCAUCGUCACGGUGCCUAUAUGUCCAUCCAAUGCUUAUACAGACUUCAGCUGAAUUCCUGAGUUGUACAACCAUGCUUUCUCUCACAUCAUUCACGUUAGAUGAGGGGUUUUACUUUUUUAAGGGAGGAAUUUUCAUAUUGCAUUGUACAUUUUCCUUUAUCUUAUUUAUAAAUACAUUCACCCAUAAUCUUAUUUAUAAAAACAGUUGAUGAUAUUUAAACUCACCGCCAAAGAUAGUAGCAGUCAGUCAUAUGUCCAGGGGUACAGAUGAGGCUUUAAAGGUUUGGGGUUGACUCUUGUGCCUUUUCAUUUAAGCUUCCUAGCUCUGUCUGCCUUGUGAACUGUGCAUGAUUGGCUUGGUGUUGAAGGGGGGGAAUGGCAAUAUUUAAACACCAUCCUUUCUACUGAUGAUGUGCCAUAGCACUGAAUUUCAUCUUGUGUAAAUGUAUGUAAUAGAGUAUAUAAGGCUGUGUGUGUACUCAGUGUAUGCAAUGCACUCGUUGUCCUCAACUGAGCCUUCUGAACAAUGAGAUAUCACCUGAAGACUUGAUCCCUUAUCUAGCACACUGUCUGAAUUGUCAUCAGUGUAGUUUAUGUAAAAAUAUCAAAUUACUUGAUAUAAAAUGUAUAGGUUUUUACAUAGGCUACUUCAUGUAUGAGGGCAUUCUAUAUAUUGUACUGAUGAAAGACAACUUUUGUCAAAUGAAAUUCAAUGUAAUAUCAAUGCCUGGAAAUGCUUGACACAAAUGGCUACAAUUGAUUACAAACCUUGUUUACAA